AUGGCGAUGCAGACUCCAGCACCACCAGUCAGGUUACAAGAGUACUUUGACAACAUCCUGCCAGCAGCAGUUGCUCCACUCGCAAAAUCAUACAAGAAUUUGGGCGAUAUUGCCCUCCAUUGUGAGCAGUACUCUCACGACGAAUCCACCGUUCUCAAUCAAGACAGACGUGCUUACGAUGAAGCACUCAGUAGCACCUCGCAGUAUGCUCUCAAGGGAUUGUCGGCUCUGGCAUACCAAUUGUCAGUGGCGGGCGCGACAUUGCAAGAAUGCAUGGACUCUAUGAAUGCGGAACUGGGCAGAUCUGUCGUAGAAAUGGAAGAAUCUACUCAGAGAUUUGAUAUGGCUCAAGAAGCUAUUGGAAGAAAGGCAUUGGGACAAUACAAUUAUCAAACGACUACUACUACUCGCAAGGCCAAAACUGCCAAAGUUGAAGCUGCAGCUUACGUACCUCGGCAAGCAACACCAGUAAUAAACCUCCAUGCACUCGAUUCAAUCGGAACACAACUGCAGCCAUUCGGAUUUGGUGGUUUACAACGAAUGAACAGUGGAACAACAUUAGCCAAAGAUACUGUAUUGGCUGCCACUUCAAAUCCUUCCUUAUCUCCCGGCACACCAAACUCCAGCUCACCAGCAUCAGCAACCACCCGUGGAUUCCAACGAAUACCCGCAAUGGCACCACCAACACUCGAACGCCCAUCCUCCCUUUCCGAUGUAUCUCCUACAGGAUCAAACACAUCGCCCGGUAGACCUUCUCCUAUGGGUAUGGGAACCAUUCGAGGUGCUAUUCCACCACCACCAGUUUUGGAAGCGACUGCAUCUGUUCGUGCAAAGGGCAAUGCUGCUAUUGCUUUGCCUCCACCACCUCCUCCAGAUAAUCUGUCGACGUUCUUGGCCACGGGCACGGUUCGGGGACGACCUGCAGCCAAAGAGGAAGGCAUUGCUCCUGUUGGAAGCACUGGAAGUUUAGCACAUCUAGCUGGUACCAUUAGAGCUAAGCAAUUGCUAGGAACUCAAGGCGGUGGACCUAUGCCACCACCUCCUCCUACUCAACCACAGGCAACUUUGCCGAAGAGUAUGUCGUCAACUAUGCCAUUAAGUGUGUCGUCCAGAUCCAUAGCUGCAGUUGAACAAGAGGAAGCUGGAGAUGUCGUUCCUCCUCCUCCUGCUCCAAGCAUCCAAAGUGGUAUGGCUUCGUCUCGACAGCAACCAUCAGUUGACGAUUUCGGUAGUUCGUCCUCUCUGUCUCGAGCAUUAGGAAAUGCACUGAGAAAUAAACAGGCCAGAACAACCGGCGCUCCUGUACCUCCUCCUAUUCCCACAGUUACAUCAUCCUUGUCUCGACAUGGAUCACAAGCUGAAAUGAGUGGAAACAAUGUCUUUGGAGCUCCUCCUCCGCCACCACCACCGCCGCCGCAGGAACCUGACAGAGAUUCUGCUCCAUUCGCUCCACCUCCGCCGCCACCUCCAGGAAUGGGUGGUCCACCUCCACCUCCUCCUCCAUCGUUCGGAGGUCCGAUAAAGGCUGCAUCUUAUUCUGAAGGUGCUUCUGAUGACGCUGGAAGUGGUAAUGAAUUACAAGACGCGUUACGGAAUGCACUCAAGAAACGUGCGAACAAGCCUUCAGAUGGUGCAAGCUUGGAAAUACCCUCGGCCAGCAACAGUCCUUCAACACCUCAGUCUGGAAGUGCUGUAUCCAUUCAAGAUGAAUUAAAAGGUCUUCUCUCUGGUGGUGUCAAACUCAAGAAACGAAGCGACAAUGCCGUAUCACCAGACAAGUCGAAUUCACCUGGAUCUGCAGGAGCAACUAUUACAGGUGGUGGCAACUUCCAAGACCAACUCAAGAUGCGUUUGCAAUCUCGUGGUGAUUCCAAGCCAGUCAAUAUUCCAUCCAAGGAUACUUCGCCAACUCGUUCGGGUGUACCUGAAUGGCAGUCCCAACUCAAAGGAAAACUGGCGAAUCGUGUUCCAUCUGCUGAUGUUGUAGCGACUGAAGGCUCUGAGUCCGCUACAGACACUAGCCCACCUAGAGAUCAACCUUCUUCACAACGCUCCGCCAUGCUCAGACCAGUAUCCAGCUCCAAUAGUCAACCUGCGUCUCGUAAACCCUCAGGAUUGUCCCCGAACGAACCUGUUGAGGAACCAUCUCCAACUUCUGCUCCAGGCAGUCCAUCAAAGAAGAUAACUGGUGGGGGAACUAUUAAAAUCAAGGCUAAAUCAUCAGCAACUCCAUCACCAACAAAGUCAGGUGACGCUGCUAGUGUCCAUAGUGAUGACAUGUCUACGUUGGGCAACUCGUCAGACAUGGCCGAUACUUCACCAACUCGAAACAGCAUUGUCAAUCAACGAACAUCUCUUGUCGGUCAACGAACCAGUGUUGGUCCAUCUAUCACUGGACGAAUUAGUAUUGCUCAACAAGCAGUAGAACGACAAUCUAGUUUCAGUCAGCAACAAGAGCAACCUCGACUUAGUGUAUCGCAACGACAGCAGCAGCAGUACGAGCAAAUCGAAUCACCGUCUAAUCUGCUUGAUGAUUAUGCUGCCAACCCAUCUCCCGUACAAGAUGCUGAACCAGCUGCUGAAGAACAGGAAUAUGAACUUCAACCUCCCAGUGAUGGACAAGACAUGGCUGUCGCUUUAGCUGAUUAUGAUGCUACUGGUGAGGGACAGAUGGCUCUUGUAGCGGGUGAAACGAUACGUGUUGUUGCUUGGGAGUAUGGUAAUGGUUGGAGUUACGGAGAGUCGUUGGAUGGUACUAAACGUGGUGUCUUUCCACAAACAUAUGUGGAUCCUCUGUAA